AUGUUUCCAUUUCUUCUUAUUGUUCUCCUCCCCUUGUCAUGGAGAAUUAGUGCUUCAGCUCAGCCUGCUCAGGAAUUUCUUCAUUGCCUUUCCCUUCGUUUUCACAACUCUUCUUCCUUUGCCAAACUCGUUUACACCCAACAUAAUUCAUCAUACUCCUCUGUUUUGAAGUCAUCUGCUCAAAAUUUGAGGUUCACAACACCAUCUACGCCUACACCUUUGGCCAUUGUAACACCACUGCUUGCAUCCCACAUCCAAGCCGCAGUUUAUUGUUGCAGAAAACAUGGACUGCAAGUCAGGACUCGAAGUGGGGGUCAUGACUUUGAGGGUCUUUCUUAUACUACCGCUUAUAAAGUUCCUUUUGUGGUGAUCGAUUUGGUGAAUCUUCGAUCGGUUCAGGUUAACGUUGAAAAAGCUACGGUAUGGGUUGAAUCUGGUGCAACUAUUGGAGAAUUGUACUACGAAAUUGCUCGGAAAAGUAGAACUCUUGCCUUUCCGGCUGGAAUCGGUCACACCGUGGGUGUCGGUGGACAUUUGAGUGGAGGAGGCUAUGGCGUAUUGUUUCGAAAAUAUGGUCUUGGUGCAGAUAAUGUAAUCGAUGCUCGUUUAAUUGAUGUUGAAGGGAGAAUUCUUGAUAAAAAAUCCAUGGGAGAAGAUUUGUUUUGGGCCAUUCGAGGUGGUGGUGGGGGUAGCUUUGGGAUAGUCCUUGCUUGGAAGCUGAAAUUAGUGCCAGUUCCAGCUAAUGUUACUGUUUUUACAGUGAGCAAAACGUUAGAACAAAAUGCGACCAAGCUUGUUCACCAGUGGCAGUAUAUUGCACACAAGCUUCCCAAAGAAAUACAUACGAGCAUCAUCAUUUCAAGGGUGAAUUCAAGUGAAAAUGAAAAGAUGACGGUUCAAGCAAGUUUUACGGGCAUAUUUCUGGGAAGCACCGAUGAGCUUGUUCCACUGAUGGAAGAAAAAUUCCCUCAACUUGGAAUAGUGAAAGAAGAUUGCUUUGAAAUGAGUUGGGCUGAAUCUAAUCUUUGCGCUACCCAAUGUCCUGUUGGAGUAUCAUUAGAAACUUUACUCGAGAGAAGUCAAAAGUCAGUUCUUUCGAAAACGUUCUUCAAAGCAAAAUCGGAUUUUGUAAAACAACUUAUUCCAGAAUCAGCAUUCCAAGGAUUGUGGCCUAAGUUUUAUGAGGACGAAGCAAAAUUCGCAAGUAUGGUAUUUGUGGCUUUUGGAGGCAAAAUGGAAGAGAUUUCUGAGACUGAAUCUCCAUAUCCUCAUAGAGCUGGAAAUCUCUACAGCAUCUUAUACGUGGUGGACUGGGAAGAAGAGGAAAAUAAAAACUCUAAAAAGUUCAUGAGUUGGAUGGGGAGAGUUUACAAUUACAUGACUCCUUACGUUUCAAAAUCUCCAAGAGAAGCAUAUAGCAAUUACAGAGAUCUUGACAUCGGGGCUAAUAAAAUUAACAACGACAAAGAAAGCUAUGCAGAAGCCAGGGUUUGGGGCCUUAAAUAUUUUAAGAAUAACUUCGACAGGUUGGUGCAUAUAAAGACAAAAGUUGAUUCCCAAAACUUUUUCAGGCACGAACAAAGCAUCCCUCCUCUUUCGUAA